AUGAGAUCAGUUAUUGGGACUGCUCUAAGGCCAUUGAGACCGUUGGGCUUUUCUCCCCAGAUAGUCUCGUUUAGCACAAGUCGUGCUAUUCUGCAAGAGAAAACCGAAAAGAAGAAGAAACCGGUGGAUUUUAAUCCUAGAAACCUUGGUAUUGCAUCUCAAAUCUACAUCCCGACGUCGUACAAAAAUUUGCCGAAUGUUUUUGCACAUCCUGUCACUUUCUUCAAUGCAUUGAUCAGAAGAGUGUACACGUUUGGACUUAACACUGUACAGGUUGGACUCUUCCGGUACCAAUCGGGUCUGAAACCGCAGUUCCUGCUGUGGAAAAACAAAGCGAUCGAAAUCUACGUGAAUGUGAACUCGGCGUUUGCACAACGCAAGCUCGAUGAGGUAAAACCAAGCGUAUCGUUGUGGGUAGAAGAGGCUCUGGAGGCUAGAUCUCGCCAGCUGCCUAGAUACGUGAAGCUGGAUUGGAAACUGGUCAAGUUCAACCAAGUGCCAAAACUGGUGUCUGUUCAGGCGAUGAUGAUACCCGGCAAGCCGCUGGAGAAUAUCCAACUUGUGUACAAGUUCGAUACGAUUCAGAGGCUGGUCAAACUGAAUAAGAAGACUAACGAGGCUGAAAAACUCGAUAGGAAUGUUGUUGACUACGUGGCGUUCAUUUGCGACGCUACGACCAACGACAUGGUGCUUCUGGGUUCUGUUUUCGAAAAUAAGCCACACGACAAGCUGCCUAAGAGCCACGAGGAUGACAACCAAGUUGCCAUACGGAGAAUGAAGACAAGUGGGGAUCUUUUCAGGCUCCCACCUCAGUAG